GCCUAUUUCUUUCUCAUUCUAUAAUCAUUCACGCUAUCUUCUUCUUCUUCUUCUAGAGUAUCGCUGCCACAACACAACACAAAUAUUCAAUUUCUCUCUUUUUUUUUUCUUUUUUUUUGCAGAAAAACUGGAGCAUUCUUAUUCUAACUGGUAAGUGUUAGUCCCUUUGACCCAUCUGUCUGUUUGGCAUUGGAAAGAUAAUUUCAUCCUUUACUGGUUUUGUAUUGUACUGAUUGUGAUUUAGAUAAAUAAUUGUGUGUGGAAAGUGUAAUAUGGGGAAAUCAGGGGGUAGAAGAAAGAAGGGGGGUUCCGUCGUUGAUAGUUCAGCUUCAGUUUCAGCCUCAGCCUCAGCCUCAGCCUCAACGGCUAAUGGUGGGGUUGAGUUGGAUUCGUCGAUCUUUUUGAAGAGAGCCCAUGAGCUCAAAGAGGAAGGGAAUAAGAGAUUUCAGAAUAAGGAUUAUGCGGGUGCUCUUGAACAGUAUGAGAAUGCUCUUCGAUUAACCCCUAAAACACACCCUGAUAGAGCUGUUUUUCACAGCAAUAGGGCCGCUUGUUUGAUGCAAAUGAAGCCCAUAGAUUAUGAAACUGUGAUUGCUGAGUGCACCAUGGCACUUCAGGUUCAGCCCCAGUUUGUCCGAGCCCUUCUUCGGAGGGCUCGGGCAUUCGAGGCUGUAGGUAAAUAUGAAAUGGCUGUGCAAGAUGUGCAGGUCUUAUUGGGAGCUGAUCCUAAUCACCGUGAUGCUUUGGAGAUUUCUCAGAGACUGAGGACUGCAUUGGGACCUCGCCAGGAAGCCCAGCAGGACCUCCAGAGUCGCCCUUCCCCCGCUGCCCUUGGGGCUUCUGCUGUCCGUGGUGCCCCUAUUGCUGGAUUAGGCCCGUGUUUGCCGGCCCGGCCGGUUCCAAAGAAGGGGCCUAAUUCAGCUGUUGGAUCGGUUCUCUCACCUAUUAAUAACAAGCUAGACAAGUCCCAACCAGUUUUGCCAACCGAAAAUGGUCCUGAGACAAGGUUCCACCUGCCAAAACUUGUGUUGAAGCCUUCAAAUGGUUCUGCAGAGCCACCUAACCUGAAAAAAGAAAACCAAAAGGAACAGUCAUCUCAUUCCUCAACUGUUCGUGGGCAGCGUUCAGAGGUCGCAAUUCGGUGGAGACCAUUGAAGCUUGUUUAUGAUCAUGACAUUAGGCUCGCCCAGAUGCCAGUGAAUUGCAGUUUUAGAGUACUAAGAGAUAUAGUAAGCAAAAGAUUUCCUUCGUCAAAUGCAGUUCUGGUCAAGUAUAAGGAUGGUGAUGGUGAUUUGGUUACUAUAACUUCUACUGAUGAACUCAGAUUGGCAGAGUCUAGUGUUGAUAGCCAUCUCUUAAAAGAACCUGAAGCAGAUAAAAGUGAUUCAGUUUCAAUGCUGAGACUACAUAUUGUUGAAGUUAGUCCGGAGCAGGAGCCACCUUUAUUGGAAGAAGAGGAAGAGAAACCUGUUGAGAGUGAAGGGAUCAAGGGAGAUGAGAGUGGGUCACAUUCUUCCCUCAGUGAAUCUGUCUCUGAAGUUCCUGACACUGAGGUUGAUAAGAUAGAGAAGGAUGCUCCAAAGGAAAAGCCGGGAGCCAAAGGAGAUACUGAAUGCAAAGAAGUGGAGAUGGAUGAUUGGUUGUUUGAUUUUGCUCAGCUUUUCCGCUCACAUGUUGGAAUUGAUCCAGACGCUCAUAUUGACUUGCAUGAGCUUGGGAUGGAGCUUUGUUCAGAGGCCCUUGAGGAAACAGUUACUAGUGAGGAGGCUCAGGUUCUAUUUGACAAGGCUGCUUCAAAGUUCCAGGAGGUGGCCGCAUUGGCAUUCUUCAACUGGGGAAAUGUUCACAUGUGCGCUGCUAGGAAGCGGAUCCCCCUAGAUGAGUCAGCUGGGAAGGAGGUAGUGGCAGAACAGCUUCAAGUGGCAGAACAGCUUCAAGUGGCUUAUGACUGGGUCAAGGAAAAAUAUUCUCUGGCAAGAGAAAAGUAUGAGGAAGCACUCUUGAUCAAACCAGACUUCUAUGAGGGACUGUUAGCUCUGGGGCAGCAACAAUUUGAAAUGGCUAAACUUCAUUGGUCUUUUGCACUUGCUAAGAAGAUAGAUCUAUCAGGCUGGGAUUCUACAGAGACACUUCAACUUUUUGAUAGUGCAGAGGAGAAGAUGAAAGCUGCAACAGAUAUGUGGGAGAAGCUGGAGGAACAGAGAGCAAAAGAGCUAAAGGACCCAAAUGCAACCAAGAAAGAAGAACUAUUGAGAAGAAGAAAGAAACAGGGAGGUGCUACUGAAGGUGAGUCCUCCACUGUUGGCGGUCAAGGGGAAAUAUCCCCAGAAGAAGCUGCUGAACAAGCAGCUGUCAUGAGAUCGCAGAUUCACCUCUUUUGGGGUAAUAUGCUUUUCGAAAGAUCCCAAGUUGAAUGCAAAUUAGGAAUGAGUGGUUGGAAGAAAAACCUGGAUGCUGCAACUGAGCGCUUCAAGCUUGCUGGAGCUUCUGAGGCAGAUAUUUUUAUGGUUCUAAAGAAUCAUUGCUCAAAUGGAGAUGCAAGAGAAGGAGAUGAUAAAAAGAUUGAGAACCCACAACCCUAUAAGACUGGUGAGCCAGAGAUUAACAAGGCUAAUCAAGUAUGAGAUAAAUGAUAUGGCUUUUACAUCUCUUUUACAGUUUUAUGUCUGUUCAGCAGUAUCCUCAAUGAAGAAUUUGGGCAAAGAAUAUCCUUUUCAUUCUGAGCUCGAAAGGGAUAUCUGAAUUCUUUUUAAAUAGAAAUUGGAAAUUUAGGGUUUCUUAACUAGAUAAUCCUGCCCUCUUUCUUUUUCUUUUCUCUGAAGUUCUUGGCGAUCUGAUGAAGGGAGAUUAUUUUUGAACAUUAUUUAGACAAUUAUGAAUUUCCAGUAAUCAAUUUCAGUUGCUAAAUAUCAGUCUGUCAUUGUUGCCCUCCUGCUUUGUUCAUAGUUGCAAUUUGUUGACGAUUGCAUACUUGUUUGGGUCUUGACAUUUGUUUUGUUAGGUCUUACCAAUAUGAUGCAUGUUUUGCUAAUUUUGUAAAAUGAAGUU